AAGCACUGUGUGCCGUAUCAUAUUGACUCUUCCCCCAACAACACUAACCUAUUAAUCACUGUUGAUGCCAGGUUAUCUGGACUAACUUGUGGCCAUGGAGCAACCAAAACCUUUCCAGCUAGUUCCCCUAGUCCUCUGGCUGAUCCAUUUCCACACUGAUCAUACUCUCUUCCUUUUCCUUCUAGUGAAAGCCGGUGGAAUGCGAAUCGUGCAGAAACACCCGCAUACUGGAGACACCAAAGAAGAGAAAGACAAAGACGACGAAGAAUGGGAGACUGAGCCCAGUCCACCGAAACCCACUGUGUUCAUCUCUGGUGUCAUCGCCCGGGGUGACAAAGACUUCCCCCCGGCGGCUGCCCAGGUGGCUCACCAGAAGCCCCAUGCCUCCAUAGACAAGCAUUCAUCCCCAAGAACCCAGCACAUCCAGCAGCCUCGCAAGUGACCAGCGAGGACCAGCACCCUCCCCAGCCGUGCCUGGUUCCCGGCAUUUGGUAUUUCCCCAGCAAAGUGAACUGCAUUUUCUUCCAAACACUUUUCCACUGGGAAAUCUAAGGCAAAGCAAAGCACCCUUUCUUUGCCUUACAUUUCCAUAUUGAAGCUAGAAACAGACCCCAAACCUUGUCCCCAGGGAGUCCUGUUCAGUGACUGAAGGUCACUGUGCCAUUAGCAGAACUUGCUGAGCCCUGAGCAAAAUGAAGUUGCUCAGGGUUUAACUUUAGAUCUGUUUCAGCCAUUGGCUAAAAUUCCUGCCCGUGGUCCCUAAAACAAGAGGGCACAAAUUUGGGAGGGUUAGAGUAGGAUUAGGGGGAAAACUCAAUCAUUUCAUGCUUUUUAGUACUAGGGCAUUAAAAUCUUCAAACCCACAGGAGCAUUAGAAAUGCAGCUGUUAAUUACAGGGAUGGGUUUCAGAAAGAGCAGAAAGACUUAAAACAGACCACAGAAACCCUGAAUGUCACUCCCUGUGUGACAAGGGGUCCCUGUGCAGGGUGACACCAGGCAGUACCAGGACAAUGAAAGAAAAGCUUGCAUCUCUAAAAUGGCUCUUUUAUUCCAGGAGUCAUCUUGCUGAAAAAUUAGAAUGUAGGUCGUUUGCCCAAAGAUAGUACUUCUGGAAUGAGAUCUCAGUGUGGGUCCCAAGUCCGGCACUGCCUUGCCAUUGAGACAGGCUAUGCCAGAGAAAUUGAGGCAGACCUGCAUUUGUCAUUACUCACCUCUGUAGCAGUUUUGAGUUAUGGAAGUGAUCACUGACCACGUAGAUGUAUAGCAAUUCUGGAACUCCACAGCAAGAGCAUAGAAUGCCUUGAGGGAGAAUUGAAUACAUAGAGAACCAGGCCAAAACCUGCCCUUUGUCUCCCUGGGAAAGCUAGAAAUACCACAGCCCAUUUGAGCUAGAAAAGCCUCUUGUCAAUCAGUCCAACUGUCCAGAAUUCCUUCUGCCUGAGUGCACAGUUGCCUGGCCCACGUUCACUUGGGCACAUCAGAUGGUCCCAUUUCUGCACGCGUUUCCUUCCCAGAGCCACCCUAGACUGCUCUCUGGCUCUCGGCUGUGGAGUGCCCUACUUUUCUGAAAAGCCAAAGGGCUCCUUCACUGAGAUGUUCAGAUCUUCCCAAGCAGAUGCUCUUGGAGAGGGCACGGCCCCUACCACCCCACUGGCCAACAGUGGCUUUUGCCGCAGGCUAGCACUGUGCUGUGAGCAGCGUGCACCCCACCAUCCUCUCAAUACCGUUAUCAAAUCCAUGGCUGCGACUGGUAGAAGUGGCGCAGACCUAGUCAGGCCCACCUUGCCCUCCCCCGAGGGAGAAGCACCACGCUGGCAUUCUGAAGGCAGUGUUUGGUUUCCUGCCCCACGGACUUGAGGAAGCUGGCGUCUAACCUUCAAGGUACCAUAUGAUCACAUCUGGUAUUUCUCAAUUUCUGAGAGGUUGGUAUACACUGAGGCUGGCUUUUGGAAAGGUACACUUGGUGGGCAGCACUGUGGUGAGACACACAGAGCAAGCAGCUCCCCACCCCCACCUCCCAGAGUUGGCAUCUCAGAAGGGAUGCUGAGAGCAGGCAGCUCUAGGUCAGGCCUGUGCAGACCAUUGCACCCUCCGCUACAGAAAUUCAGAUGCGUUGUUGACACUUGGUUUUGCAGCCAGAAGCGCCAUGCUGUUUCCCAGGGGGCGUAUUUCGUGUACUUGUAGCUGCAUCUGGCUUGUACCUGUGGGCUUCAGGUCAUUGAAAGUAUAAUGUUUUCCUGAAUGAGUGUAUCAAUUGUUAACUUCAAGAAUAAUACUGAUUAUAAUAAAGCCCCUGCAUUUCUUCUCA